AUGUUCACCGGAUUAGUAGAGACUAUCGGCACAGUCCUCGAGUACAAAAGUCUAGACACGUCGGAGACGGGAGGAAACGGCGUCUCGAUCACCAUUGGAGACUGUUCCUCCAUCUUGGGGGAUGUCCAUCUCGGUGAUUCAAUUUCAACCAACGGAGUUUGUCUCACAGUGGUUGAGUUUGACGAGGCUAGAACCCAAUUCAAAGUGGGUGUUGCACCCGAGACCUUGCGUCGUACCGAUUUGGGCGAUUUGGGUGAGGGGUCCAAGGUCAAUCUCGAGAGAGCUGUGACCAGUGAGGUCAGAUUGGGUGGUCAUGUCGUCCAGGGACACGUGGACACCAUAGCCACAAUCACCAACAGACAAGCGGAUGGCAAUGCAAUCACAUUCACCUUCAAAUUGCGGGAAACCGAAAACAUCAAUUACAUUGUGGAGAAAGGAUUCAUUGCUGUGGACGGAACCUCCUUAACAGUGACACACGUGGAUUAUGACACCUUUGAAUUUUCUAUCAUGAUGGUGAGCUACACCCAGGGCAAGGUGAUCAUGCCAUUGAAGCCUGUGGGCGGAACCGUGAACAUCGAGGUGGAUUUGACAGGAAAAUUGAUUGCCAAGCAGAUUGACGUCAACUUGGCUUCGCAGAUAGGCAAUCCCGACAGUGCGUUGGCUAGGCUUGUCGACAGAUUGGUGGAGGAGAAGGUGGCAAAGGCCUUGGGCAAAUAG